AAAAUGUCCAAUUCUAAUAAAGUCGAGUGUUAACGGAACCAGUCGUUACCGAACAACGGCUCCUCGACAAACUGGCAUUACGAACUGAAUUCAACUAUUUUCAGUAAAGAUAACAUGGAUAUCGAACUAAAGCCAGUGAAAGUGCAGGUCCAGAAAAUCUGCAAAGUCCUGGAACAAAUUCUAAAAAUGGAUCUAUUUCAUUAGGAAAGCUUCAACAGUAAAAACAUUAGAUGGAGAGAGGCAUUUGGGGAUGCUAGACAAUAUGGAGCAACAAAAUUUCAGAUCUCAAGUUUCCCAAACCUUUCAUGUUAAAAGUGACCCUGAUAAUAACAGUGAUCGUCCUGCAGAAGAGGAAAGUAUUCACAGUGGUAGGGGAGGAAAAACAAUUAAAAAAUAUAAAAAUGAAAAAAAUAAACAAUGCAUACAUGUAGUAAUUCCAAAGGCAUCUUCCCGACAAGCAAGUUCUAAGAAACAAUAUCAGUGUUCAAUUUGUAAUGCAAUGUUUAAUCAGUCUUGGAACUGUGUGUCACACAUGCAGUCACACACUCGCAUCAAGCCUACACUAUCUUGUGAAAUCUGUGGUAAAAAAUGUAGCAAACAGAGUGAGCUGGCUAUACACACACGUAUCCAUACUGGUGAAAAACCCUUUGAGUGCCCAAAGUGCAAACGACGGUUCGUCCGACUGGGCCACCUGAAGGAGCACAUGCGGUGCCACACUGGUGAAAAGCCAUACAUGUGCAGCAAAUGUGGCAUGACAUUCAGCUGCAGUAGCAACAUGAAGCGUCAUCUGAAAAUACAUGAACAUAAUAAGCAGUUUUCUGCCAAAAAACGAGCCCACAGGCAAACUGCAGAUCCUAGUAGUCUUUGCACUAUGAUCCCAUGUACACUUUAUCCUAUACUAGCACCAGAAUCCAACCACAAUGAAAACCAUGAUGAUCACAUGAUCGCAAAUGAAAUAAGCCAAAAACAAGAAGCAGUUUUGUGUGAUGCUGAUAUAGUAGUAAACGUUGAUGAUCACACUCAGAGACCGCUGAAAACUGCAAAUGGUGACUGCAUUCAAAUUGUCUUGAACAAAGAUGGGGCGCCUACAAGGGCAGUAAGCACUGGAGUCAAAGCUGGAAUACCCCUUCAAUGUAACAGUGCACAAAGGCUAAAAGCUACAUCUCCUGAAAGUAUUUCUGAGGCACAAGCUUCACCUUCUAGCACCAGUGCUCAAAAUAGCAGUGAAGUAGCACAUGUCCAUGUUGUGACCAUUGAAGGCCAAGGUGCAAAUGAAAGUGGAGCUGCCAUUACAGUAGUGGCAGAUGGUCAGGAUGCCAGCUGUCCACAGAUACAGAAUGAUGGAUCAAAUCUCCUUGUUCUAGACUGGUCAUUUUUAUUGGAAGAGUUCAACUCCAACUCUCAGUUGGCACAGGCCAGUCUGGUAGCACAGGGUCUCGCAACAGCUAGUGCUUCCACAUCUGGAGUGUCCCCUGUACAUCACACACUGUCAGCUGUUACCCUGCCAUUGUCAGUCAAUGACUUGCAUCAGAGUGACAUCCUGAAACCAAUCACUAUUACUAUUCCUCAUAUGCAAGUGUCAGACUACAGCCUGCAACAACAGGAGAACAAUCCAGGUGCAGGUGUAGAUGAAGUUGCUGCUGCAAGUGCAGCCAUUGAGACAACCAGCAUGCCACCUUUGCCAGCCGUAUCAGCAGUAUCAUCAGUGCUAUCUGCUUCACAACAACCAUGCCUUGCAGCACAAAUGCUGUUUUUUCCUGAAUCAAAACAGCAGGAGGUGCAAGAAAUAUCAGGAUCAGAUACAUUUUCAGCCCUUGCAAAAUACAUCGUCACUGGCUCAGGGCCACAUCAUAAAAUGAUCACGGUGCCAGUACAGCAAGCGACAGUGUCUGCACAGCAGGUGACAACACCUUUACAACAGACAUCAGUGCCUGUACAGCAAGCAACACAAAAAGACAAACCGUGGCAGUGUGAUGUGUGCCAGUUGACUUUCUCACGUCACUGGUACAUGACUGUACAUCGUAAUGCCCAUUUUCGACAGAAGUCUUUCAGCUGCAAUGUGUGUGGUGCAACAUUUCCCAGAGUGGGAAAUCUGAAUCGCCAUAUGCGUGUGCACACUGGUGAGAGGCCAUUUAAAUGCGAGGUCUGUUUGUCAACAUUCAGCACAAAAUAUCGACUUGGAGAACAUCAGCGCCGUCAUAAAGGAAUCAAGCCAUUCAGAUGUGAAACUUGCAAUGGUAGCUUCACAGACAGUUCUAGUUUGCGACGCCAUCAGCACACACACAAGGGGGACAACCUGCUGCAUGCCUGCAAAGUUUGUGGUGCAGGCUUUAACACCUCUCAUAGUCUCUCCUUUCACAUGCAUGUGCACAACAGAGAUAAAGAGGAAGGUGCCAGCAGCUUUGAGAAGGGCAUCACUCUAGAUGAAGAGGAGGCAACUGCUCGUGACAUGCUCAUCAUACCAAUUGAGGAGGCCAAGCCAGAAACUCCUUGUGUACUUAAAAAGACAUCAAAAGAAGGAAGCGUGUCUUUUAUCUGCAGUGUAUGCUUCAAAAACUUCAGAUUUUCAGCAGCUUGCAGACAGCACAUCAUGUGCCACACGGGCAGCCGUCCAUUUGCCUGCAAGGAGUGUGGCGCCAAAUUCUCACGGAAAGCCGAUACCAAACGCCACAUGAAAAUCCACUUGAGAGCUAACCCACACAGAUGCAAAGAGUGUGGAAACACCUUUAUGAGCAAGUCUAAACUAGUUCUUCAUGCGGAAAGUCACAUAGACCUAAGUGAACGCAUACAUCAAUGUGGACAGUGCAUGGAGACAUUUUCUUGUAAAACCGUUUUGCACAUUCAUCAGCAGUCCCACCUUAGAGGCAGUCACAGGAAGACAGUUCACAACACAAGUCCUCAGGAUGAGAUCCAAGAGAAAGGAGUUGAUAAGGAUUGUGAUCCAAGCCACUGUCAGACCUUUGAAGAAGAAGUUGACAAGGAUUGUGAUGCAAGCCACUGUAAAGUCUCUGAGGAAGGAGUUGAUAAGGAUUGUGAUGAAAGCCACUGUAAGACCCUUGAGGAUCAUUUAGAUGCUGAGACUCUUUAUGGUAAAGCAACAACACAAGCCAAGAGAAACGGGUUUAAAAAUGAUCUCACAGAAAUUCAUAAUGAAAAUAAAGCAGAAGACCAGCUGGUUUCUUCAGAAACUUUUAAUCUCGGUAGAAAAGAAACGUCCAGUGGUGCCAGUCUUGUAAGUAAAUCCAUUAGAACUCCACGCAGAGAGGCUGCCAGAAGGCAACAAGUGCUUAUGUCAUCAGUCAUUGCUGAGCUCAAAAGAAAUCUUUCCUCAGACAAUGAAAUAACAAAACGCCAAAGCCGAAAGCAAAAGGUACUUCCUAGCUCCUUGGGAAAAAAGUUGCCAAAGGCCUCAAAGCAAUACAGGUGUGACCAAUGUAAAGCAGAGUACACAUCGAAACCACGGUUUUUAGUUCACCUUCGUGCCCACAGUGAAGAAUAUUCCCUCAAGUGCCCACAAAGCCUAUCAACUGCCAGCCGCAAGAGAGUAAACACCGGAGGAAAGAAGCGAGAAUGUAGCUUGUGCGGUCUGCUUUUUGCCACUCGUAAAAACCUGCAUGCUCACCGGCUGGUCCACCAAGCAAAAAGCAUGAGCUUUCAACAUCACCUCCAGCAUCACAGCCGCAAUAUUGCAAGGUAUAAAUGUUCCAAAUGUGAUGCCUGCUUCAAGUCCCAGAUGAAUCUUACCCAACAUCUCCGCAGUCACAACUCAGACAUCCAAAACUUGCAGAAAACAAGGACCAGUUCCUUGCCAUCGUCAAGCAGCAAACUGCAGUUGUCCAACCAACCAAAGCAUUGUGAGAAGCGCCUGGUGGAGAUGCAGCGACGGCUAGAGCUGGGAGAGAUCGCCUUUCGAUGCCACGUGUGCAAGCUGGAGGUGAAGAGCAAGCAGGCUCUGACCGCGCACCUCAGCGUGCACCCUCUGUGUGCGCAAUGUGGCAUCGCCUUUCACCACGCCUGUGACCUCUCCACGCACAUGAGAACACACACUGGCGAGAAACCGUACACGUGCCACACGUGUAGUUUAUCAUUCGCCAAGAACAGUCAGCUGCGGCUACACCAGCGCAAGCACUCGGCAGAAGCUGCUCAGCUGUGACCGCUGGGGAUGCUCUUUUCAAACCUUAGAGACCUUAAACAGUCUCUGGGUAACAGUAGCUGUUAAUGAAUUAGCAUCUAUGGAUUCCGUAUAGGAAUCACUGUCAAGCAGAGAACAUAUUCGCACUUAUAAUUGAGAAGUUAAUGAUUUUAUUUAAGGCAAUAAUAAUUGGUUAUGUACAUACAUGGCUUGGGAGAGGGGGGGGGUUAUAUAAGACCGUUUUGCAUUACUAAAAAAAUUACUCAUAUGCAGAAAUAAAAUGUGAA